GCACGCCGCUGCACCUCAGCGCCAUCUGGUCGUAUAAAAGCGACGAUGAGGGAAACUCGGAGCCCCACUUCUGGUCAAAGUCGCUAGAAGGCACGUUCAUUUCGUUUUCUCAUUCUUCAACUGCAAGAACACACACGCAAUGGCUGAUCUUCCCGCUCGUGAUGUUGAGAGGGCGAAGUUUGUCUUCGACAUCUUCGACACUGACGGCAGCGGUGCCAUCGAUGCUUUCCAGCUGGGUGAUGCCCUCCGCGCCUUGAACCUCAACCCCACCGUUGCUGCCGUUGAGAAGUUGGGUGGCACCAAGAAGAAGAACGAAAAGAAGUUCAAGCUUGAUGAAUUCCUGCCAAUCUUCGCCCAGGUCAAGAAGGACAAGGACUGCGGCUGCUUCGAGGACUUCCUUGAAUGCUUGAAGCUGUACGACAAGGAGGAAAAUGGCACCAUGAUGGCCGCUGAGUUGGCACACACCCUCCUCUCCUUGGGCGAGCGUCUGGAAGACUUCCAGGUUGAUGAGGUCCUUGCUGACUGCAUGGACAAGGAAGACGAAGAAGGUUUCAUCCCAUACGAACCCUUCCUCAAGAAGAUGAUGGCGUAAGAUGGGAUCCAAGCUAGAUACUUUCUUUUUUGAACAAUAAAGCAAUUUUUUACCAUUUUGUCAAUCCAACGUCAAGAGAUCAAAACAUUUUGGGACAUCAUAAUCAAACAUGGGAAUCGAUAAAUAACAACUACAAACGUGUCACACUUCACCACAACGGGGCCCACAGGACCGCACAACUGGUCGCAACAUUAAUUUGUUUUUGUUUUCACUCUGCGCUUUUGUUUCUGAUAUGUUUAUUUAUAUAUAGAUGUAAUCCGAAGCAAAACCAAAUGUAAAUUAUUUAAUAAUUAAUAAAUAAAAAUAAUUUAUGUUAA